UGCCAUGUGGUCACUCCGUGUGCGCUCCCAUCACCACGCAAGAGAGCUGAGUGGGAUGGAAAGCCUAAAGCUGUUUUAAGAGGGAGGAGAGACUAUUUCUAAACUCGAAGUCCUCCACGCACACUGUAGACGAGUCGCGGACGUUUUUAUCCUUCCUUCAGGCCUGUUUAUCUAACGGAAAGACUUACUCGUCUGAUCUCUUAACUUGAUAAAAGACUUCAGGAAUGGAGUCGAUACCCAGUCAGCUGUCUGCGGGACGAGAUGCCAGUUCUUCCCCUAACUCAAAGCAAGAACUGCAGCCUUAUUCCGGCACCAGCUCGCUGAAACCAAAUCAAGUGAGUGAGAUUGGGCUGUAUGGAGUGCCCAUCGUCUCUUUGGUCAUAGACGGUCAGGAGAGACUGUGUCUAGCGCAAAUUUCCAACACUUUACUGAAGAACUACAGCUACAAUGAAAUCCACAACAGACGCGUGGCUCUUGGAGUUACAUGCGUGCAGUGCACACCUGUGCAGCUGGAGAUCCUGAGACGCGCGGGAGCCAUGCCCAUCUCCUCGCGCCGCUGUGGCAUGAUCACCAAGCGCGAGGCCGAGCGCCUCUGCAAAUCUUUCCUCGGAGCUCACAAUCCUCCCAAAUUACCCGAGAAUUUCGCAUUUGACGUUUCACACGAGUGCGCUUGGGGAAGCAGAGGAAGCUUCAUUCCGGCGAGGUACAACAGCUCAAGGGCGAAAUGCAUCAAGUGCACUUAUUGCAAUAUGUAUUUUUCGCCCAACAAAUUCAUCUUUCAUUCUCACCGCACACCUGAAUCCAAAUACACGCAACCAGACGCCGCUAAUUUUAAUUCGUGGCGACGCCACCUGAAACUGACCGAUAAAAGCUUGUCUGACGACAUUUGUCACGCGUGGGAGGACGUAAAGGCCAUGUUCAACGGUGGGAGCCGAAAACGGGCAAUGCCAGGGAGUGGGUCGGAUAUGUCAUCUCCACUAAAACCGCAGGCCUCCGGCAACAUCACGCAGACCAGGUCCCCUGAUGUUCCCCACAAAACUUUGCGCUGUGAUGAUGGCCGUGGCAGCCUCAGCUUAACCAACACUGUGCGUAACUACCCGGUCAUCCCUGUGCCCAGUAAGGGUUUUGGCAUGCUGCAGAAGAUCCCACCUCCUAUUUUCCCGCAUCCGUAUAGUUUUCCAGCAUUUGGACUGUGUCAAAAGAAAGACGAUGGAGUAAGUGACCAAAAUAAGACCAACGUACCCGGUGUGUUUUGGACCGGUGGGAAGGACGGUCUUUAUCCAUCGUUUCCUAUGUUUUGGCCCACCACGGGUAGCCUGCCACUGUCAUCAUAUCAACCAAAACCACACACAGACCUCGUAGUUGGGCGACAAACAGAAACAGACAUGUCAGAGAGUGAGAGAGGGGGAAACACGCCCAGAGACAGUCUGUUCGACAGCGAGCGUUGCUCUAGCUCGCAGUCACUCAGAAACGAUGAAGAUAAAUCUGGGGACGAGGCAAGGUCAACCGAGGGACAACCGACCACCCCUAGAAAGAUCAGCUAUAUUUCUGCUUUCAGACCAGUGGUUAAAGACGCAGAGAGUAUAGCCAAGCUCUACGGGAACAGGGAGGCGUACAGCGGCGCACAUAGUGGCCACUUGUCGCCUGACUUCGUGAGUGAGAGCUCUAGCUACAGAUCUGCCUCUCCGUGUGUGGACAGUGGGGAAGAGCCAGACGUCGACGUCGAAUCCCACAGACUGCCGGAGGACGAGGAGUCUAUACAACUUUCCGUGGAUGAUCGGCAGAGUCCCGUGGGGGAAAUCGCUUUGGGCAGUCACAGACACACACCACAGUCAGAUGACGACCAUUUCCUUUUCAGUGAAAAUUCUGAUCAGAAGCAGAACAAGCAGGUGACAAAGAAAAACGAUGUCACUGUUUAUGACGUGUACACACAUGAAAAGGAGAUGUCGUCUCUUCAGAACACACUUCCCUGUUCUACUAUUAAACUUUCACGCAGCGCAGAUGAAUCAAACGGCUCACACACGUCACACAACAAUCUUACUGAAGACGAAUGUGAACCGCAAAAAUCACGUCCGGUCGAAAUUAGCGUUAAUAAACACAACCCAAACGACGCCGCGCUGAGAAGUACGGACAACAGGUUUCGUUUUUUCGAGAAAGACAUUGAGAAUAUGGCAAAAGAGGAACUCCAAAAGCAGCUCUUGGAGCAAGUGGAGCUAAGAAAAAAACUGGAACGGGAAUUUCAAAGUUUGAAAGGAUCAAAUGAAGAGGGAGCUGUCUUAUCGAGAGGAGAUGGUCCAGCAGCUGCAGAUUGUAAGAGAAGCUCACGACGCUCUUCACCAUUUCUCCUGCAAAAUGCUCACUCCACGACACUGCACGGGGGCCUGCACCUUCAAGCCACCCCUCUUACCACCUUAACUUACAGCUGCAUCCCAGGGAGGCACUACACUACAGUAAAAACUGUACAACUUCCCUCAAGGAAUUCUGCAUUACCACUCUGUGUGGGAGGUGUUCUCAAUGUAUGUACACUAAAACCUAAGGAUUUCUGAACUGCAAACCCUCCAAAGCAUUUACUGGCAUUGUGUGCUCUGCUUUGAACAUUGCAGAGUGGAUGUAAACGUCUAGGAGGACAUCAAGACCAUUUACGGGAUGACAACAAAUGUUCAAAUAAUUAUGUUAUUUAUGUAAAUAGGUUGGUUUUUUAAUAUCAGUACAAAUACAUGAUAUGUGGCAAUGUGCAAUGAAUUGUAAAAUGUGAAAUUUCAUAAACUGAAAUUGUUGAUUAUUCUUAUUAUUUAUGUAUUUGUGUUUUACAUUAAUUCCUUUAUUCUCUAAAUGUGCUAUUCCAAAUCAAUUCUGUAACAAAAUCUAAAGCACUUUAUGUAAGCAACAUCUCAGACCUACCUAUCCAAAUUUAAUCAACCCAGACAUCUAUUUAAUAAUAGUUGUUUAACAAUAACAAGUUAAGAUUAGCACUUAUUUCUUAUUCUCCAAAAAACAAAUACUGAAUACAGAAAAGAAUGUUGUUAUUCCACAUGAAAGUGCUCAAAUUAAAUGUUAUAAGACUUCUGGAGUGUUUUUUUUAUCUCUUGCCUCGUUCUUGAAUAAAAGUAUCGAC